AGGCUCCGGGGAGCGAUGAAGACGGCCAGGCGGGCCAGCAACGUGGAGGUGCCCUCUUUCCUCCGCCAGCUGGUCAAAGAGACGGAGAAGAUGGUCACCUUUUUCUUCAAAGGGGGGCCCAAGGAAACUGGGUCUGGGGAGGAGGACAAUUUGGAUGAGGACGACUUGAUGCCGAGCCCGUACCUGGAUCGUCCCAUCUUGGAGAAGCAUGUGUCAGAGGGGGGUUCUCAGUUGGGGGUGAACUACGCUGUGGGGAGCAUGCAGGGCUGGAGGGCUCAGAUGGAGGAUGCUCACACCUGCAUGCCCCAGCUGAAAGGAGAGCUGACAGAGUGGGGAUACUUUGCGGUUUAUGAUGGACAUGCAGGCACCACAGUGGCACAGUACUGCUCCAAACACCUGCUGGAGAACAUCCUAGCAACAGGUGUGGUCAAAGCAAACGAGGACCCCGAGCAGGUGAAGGAAGGGAUUCGCGAAGGCUUCCUGAACAUUGAUCGCCACAUGCACAAACUGACUCGCCAAGACAACUGGGACCGCAGUGGCUCCACUGCAGCAGCUGUCUUGACUUCGCCAUGCUACAUUUACUUUAUCAACUGUGGGGACUCUCGAACCGUGCUCUGUCGUAACGGCAAGGUGGUCUUCUACACAGAGGACCACAAGCCGUUCAACCCCAGAGAAAAGGAGCGCAUCCAGAACGCGGGAGGCUCGGUGACCCUGCAGAGAGUCAACGGCUCGCUGGCCGUUUCCAGAGCACUGGGGGACUUUGACUUCAAGGAGGUGGACUGGAGGCCGCAGACGGAGCAGCUAGUGUCGCCGGAGCCAGAAGUGUAUGAGCUGGAGAGGACGUCCGAAGACGAGUUCCUAAUUCUAGCAUGUGACGGUGUGUGGGACGCCAUUGGUAAUGAAGAACUGUGUGCCUUUGUGCGCAGCCGUCUGCAGGUGUGCGAUGACCUGAGAGAUAUUUGCUGCCAAGUGAUCGACCUCUGUCUCUAUAAGGGCAGCUUGGAUAACAUGAGCAUCAUCAUCAUCUGCUUCCCCGGCGCCCCCCAGGUGUCACAAGAGGCACUGCAGCAGGAGGCAGCGCUGGAGCAACAGAUUGAUAUGAAAGUGGAAGAAAUUAUCCAGAUGAUUAGGUCCAGAGAUGAGGACCCUGACCUUGUGUAUGUGAUCAAAUUCCUGGCUGCAGAAGAGAUACCUGGGCUCCCGCCAGGAGGAGGCAUCACCAGCAAGCGAGACUGUAUCAUCUCUUCAUAUCAGAAACACAUCAUGGCUCUCAGAUCUCAGGAGUCUAUGGACACCGAAGGGUCGGAGGAGGACUCAAACUAAAAAAAGCUGUUACCAUGGAAACAGAAUCAUCACCAGCUUCACCAUCUCCAUGGAGACCAUCUUAAAUCAGAGACUUUACAUUUUCAGAUGAGCACUGAACUAACGAUGAUUGUUUGUGUAAUAUACUUUCUUUGUGCAUUUGCUUUCUGGCAAAUUAAAGUACAUUUUAAAUCAAAUA